AUGACGACGACCGCCUAUGAAGUCGCAGGAUGGUUGGAGAAGAUGGAUUCGCCCGAUAAGGACUUUCGCUUCAUGGCAGCAAGCGAUUUGAUGAGCGAGCUCCAGAAGAACAACUUGAAACUCGAUGAAGACUCUGAAAAGAAAGUUACUCGCAAAUUGCUGAAGUUGUUGGAGGACAAAAACGGCGAAAUCCAGAAUUUGACGGUGCGAUGCUUAGCCACUGUUGUUGCUCGAUCGAAAGACCCCCAGGCUGACUUCGUCGUAGAUUCGCUUUGCACAAAUUUGACCGCGCAAAAGCCCGAGCUAAGAGACGUUUCUUCUGUGGCUUUGAAGACUGUUGUUUCGGAGUUGCCAACGGGCUCCAGUCAGGCAUCAAAUAUUGUCAGCCGACUUACUCCACAACUAUCGAAAGUUUUGAGAGACAAUCCAGAAAUCGAAGCUGGUGUUCGCAUGGAGAUGCUUGAUAUUUUGGCAGAUGUGCUUUUCAGAUAUGGAGGAACCAUCGCUCAACACCACAAUUUUAUCAAGGAUGUUUUGCUGCAAGUCCUAGCUUCUUCAACUCGGCAAGCCAUCCGCAAACGAACCAUCAAUUGCUUGGGAUCACUUUGCUCGUGCUGUGAUGCCGAAAUAUUCGAAGAGAUCUCUGCCUUCUUGUUGGACAAGCUUAACAACUCACCAAAUGAAGAUACUGUGCAAACGUUGUCUACGGCCUUUGCUUCUCUGACAAAAGCAAAUCCUGCUCGCUUCGCCAGGCAUCUUUCAUCGGUUGUCGAUAUUUUGCUGAAGUUUUGCAAACAAUCGAAUGACGACGAAUUAAAGGAGGCUGUCCAACAGACGAUCGAAGUCUUCAUCUUGAGAUGUCCUUCCGAGAUUGCGCCGUUCGUGGAGAAAAUUGAAAAAGUUGCGCUCGAAUUUCUCUGUCACGAUCCAAAUUAUUGCGGUGACAGUGAUGAUGAAGGGAUGGAUGGCGAAGACGAAGAUGAUGACCAAGACUUUUCGGACGACGAUGAUGUGUCGUGGAAAGUUCGACGCUCUGCUGCUAAAGUUAUUGAGGCUUUGAUUGUUUCUCGACGUGAACACAUGAAACAUUCGAUUACCGCUUUUGGACCAAUUUUAAUUGGUCGGUUGAAGGAGCGAGAAGAAACUGUUCGAAUUGAUGUCGUGCGAGCCUACAUUUCUUUGCUCCGUCAAAUUUCAACUUUCAUUCCAUCUACACCAAGUGCAACGGGUGGCGAAAACAAAGAGAAUCAGGUUAUCGGAUACAUCCACUUUGCAGCUGGCUCUUUGUCGAAUGAACAGUUGGAGCUUCUUAAAGCUAUUCAACACCAAGUACCUACUAUCACCAAAGCCGUCGCAAAAUUGCUCAAAAAUCGCAGCACUCGAACAAAAACAAUAGCUCUUGCCCUGCUUAGCCAACUUGUCAAAACUUUGCCCGGAUCACUGUCUGAUCAAUUUCUUGCCAUUCUGCCCUCUGUGGAAAACAUUUUCAAAGAGAAAUCCACCACCUCACAAAUGAAGAUUGACGCUAUCCAAUUUUUUUCACUGAUUUUCCGAUCGCAUGCCCAAGAAUGCUUGUUGCCUCAUUUACGUCUUUUUGUAAACUCGGUAGAAGAUGCUAUUGGUGAUGGAUUCUACAAGGUGGCUUCGGAAGGCUUGGCAAUUCUCGACAAACUGAUUGUUUUGAUGGCCGCAAAAAAAGAGGCUGACUUGAUCGAUAAAAUCUACAAUGCAGCUUUGCCACGACUUAAAGCCGUUGAUUUGGACUUGGAACUAAAAGAACGCGCCAUUAUUGCUGCUGGAUUGUUCGUUGCUUUCUGUGGAAACUAUUUGCAAUCAAAGGUUCCCGAAAUUAUCAGCUUGUUGAUUGAACGCUCCCGUAACGAGGUGACGAGGAUUUACGCAAUUCGAGCACUCGAAGUUGUCGUUCAAUCGCCGCUUAAAAUCGACCUUAAUCCGUCGACAUUUAGUGCUCUGUUGCCGAUUUUGUCUGAAUCUCUCCGCAAAAACUUGCAAUCUCUUAAGAUUGCCAUUCUCUCCUUAUUGGCCACUUUGUUCAAGAGCUACGAAUAUCCCGGAAUUGAAUCUGAUGCCCUAGUCACCGUUCUUGGUGAAAUUGCAAUUUUGAUUGACAACGAUGAUCUCCUUGUGGCUAAAUUUGCUCUACGAUGCUAUGCUUUGGCUUUUGCGAAGUAUCCAAAUGCUGCAGCGUCGCAUGUUCAAAAUGUGCUCGGACAAUUCGUGAAAUUAAUGAAAGCAGCUGUGUUGCAGGGACCACUGCUCAACUCUGCGUUGGAAAUGAUCGAGGCGCUUGUGCGCAGCAAUGUUCCCGGGAAGCCACAUUUUGAGGAUCUUCUUGAUCAGAUUACCGCUCCAGUCUACGACUCUCAACUUCCACGCCAGGCAUUCUCCGCUAUCUCCGCCACUACUGCCGUUGUUGCUUCGGCCUCUCAAAAUUUGGAACAGCUCAGUGAACAAUUGGCUAACCGUUCAUCAACGGAUGCAAUUCGCCUCUUUUCACUUCUUUCAUUGGGUGAACUGGGACGGAGAUGCAGUGAAGUCUAUGCGUCUAAUGCGAUCAAAGCUGAGCCGUUAAUCAUGGAGGCAUUCAAUUCGCAAAAUGAAGAUCUAAAAUCUGGUGCCUCAUAUGCUCUUGGUGGAAUGGCGGUUGGAAAUUUGCCGAAGUUCCUUCCAUUCAUUCUUCAACAAAUGCAGGAAAGCAAACGACAAUUCUUGCUUCUGCAUGCUAUUAAAGAGAUCAUUUUAUGUGAAGGACAAUCAAAGGAAUCUUAUGAAGCCUUCCAACAGCACAUCGUACAGAUCUGGAACGUUUUGCUCAUUCACGCCGAAUCGGCCGAAGAAAGUACUCGAAAUGUUGUCUCGGAGUGUAUUGGAAAAUUGUGUGUUCUUCAACCUGAGUUGGUUGGCGAGUUGAAGAAACAACUCAACUCUUCGUCGGCAAAUGUUCGCUUGGUGGUUAUUACAUCGAUUAAAUACAUGGUCUCAGUUGAGAAGAAGCCCGUCGAUGACCAGCUGGCUGUGUGGAUUCCAAAUGUUUUGGCUUUGGUCAAUGAAGAAGAUCUGAAUCAACGACGUCAUGUCUUCAAUACCGUUUCUUGCAUUGCACAUAGUAAACCUGCUUUGGUUCGAAAUCAUCUUGAUAAGAUCAUGGCGGUUAUUUAUCACGAAACAAAAGUCCGCAAAGAACUCAUCAAGGAGGUCGAAAUGGGGCCUUUCAAGCACCAAGUAGAUAACGGUUUGGAUUUGCGAAAGGCUGCCUUCGAAUGCAUGUUCACGUUGUUGGGCAGUUGCCUUGAAAAAUUGGACGUUUUCGAGUUCAUUUCUCAUCUCGAAGAUGGACUUCGGGACUCUCAUCACGAUAUUCGUCUUCUUGCCUAUGUCAAUCUCUCAAAAUUGGCCACUUUAACACCGGCACAUGUGAUGCAACGGCUUGAUCGCAUCUGUGAACCUUUGAAGGCACAACUGUUGUUCAAAGCAAAAACCAAUGCUGUGAAACAAGACUUCGACAAGUAUGAUGACCUGAAACGUGCCGCUAUUCGAACUUGGUUGAUUCUUCAGGAGAUGCCCGAAGGUUCCCGUCAACCUCAGCUUGUUGACAUACACCACACAAUCAAGGGGACUGCUGAGUUAAAGGAUAUGCUGACCGCCAUUGAGAAGGAUUCACAACGCGUUUAUUAUGGCGACCUCUCGAUGGAUACCAAU